AUUGCUGAAGGACCCAAUGCUGCUUAUUUUCAGCUGCUGAAUUUAUUUGCCUAUGGAACCUACCCGGAUUAUGUUGCGAACCAGAGCAACCUGCCAGCUUUGACGGGGCCCCAGAAGAACAAGUUGAAGCAUUUGACGAUUGUCAGCUUAGCUUCCAGAAUGAAGUGCAUCCCAUAUUCGGUGCUGCUGAAAGACCUGGAGAUGCGGAACCUCCGGGAGCUGGAAGACCUGAUCAUCGAAGCCGUUUACACGGACAUCAUCCAAGGCAAACUGGAUCAACGGAAUCAAGUGCUGGAAGUGGAUUUCUGCAUCGGGCGUGACAUUCAAAGGAAGGACAUCAGCAACAUCAUUAAAACCCUCCAUGAGUGGUGCGAUGGGUGUGAAGCCGUCCUGUUAGGAAUUGAGCAGCAGGUACUUAGAGCCAACCAGUACAAGGAGAACCACAACCGAACUCAACAACAGGUGGAGACGGAG